AUGUCCAAAGAAGAGCUCGCCGAGCACCACGAGAGCUCCAAGGUCACGGCUGCGCACAACAGUGUUGGUAUCACACUUGUCCCCGCGCCCUCAGCUGACCCCCGCGAUCCACUGAACUGGUCGAGGAGAAGGAAGAUUCUGACCCUUUUCAUUGUUUCAUUCUCCGGUUUCACUGGGACUCUUCAGGCUGUGGGCAACGUGUCGAGUGUAUUCCAGCAAGGGGCGUUGUAUAACAAGACUCCAGUCGAGAUCACAUAUUCAGUCUCUGCCGCCACUGCCGGACUCUGCGCAGGGCCUCUUUUCUGGUCGCCUGUCUCGAGAAGGAUUGGCCGCGGUGGCAGCAUCCUAUGGGCGACAGCACUCACGCUCGCCUGUACUGUUUGGGCGGCGACAUGCACAGGUCCUGGAGAUUACUACAGCUUCGUCCUGUCCAGGUUGUUUGGCUGCUUAGCUGGCUCCUGCGCGACGACGGUCGGUGCGAGCUACAUCACUGAUACCUUCUUCUUGCACCAGCGUGGGAAAUGCUUCGCUUUCUACAAUGUGAUGAUCCUCCUUGGAACGCUUGCAGGGCCGACCUUCUCGGGCUUCAUCGUCGGCAACGGCGCUCCUUGGGCCAAUGAGUACUGGUACAACGUCGGACUUGAAGGAUUUGUGAUUCUCUUGAUAUUCUUCUUUCUGGAGGAAACCGGCUGGACGAGACCUGGAAGGCCAGCGUAUCCCGUGUCUGCCACCUCGUUCAUUCGACGAUCCAUCGAUGUCUAUCUGUUUAGGAGGCCCAACGUGGCCGAAGGGAUGACGAAUAUGGAAGCGCUCCGCCUGGCUACCGUGCCUAUCCGCAUUGGAAUCCACCCUGUCGGGAUCCUAGGCGGGCUAUUCUUGAUGAUCGUUUUCGGAUGGGGCGUCGGGGUCAACAAUUUGCUCGCGGUCUUCUUACAGUCGCCCGUGAGCGAUAAGGGAUAUAGUUUCACCCCAAAUCAGAAUGCAGAAUUCACCUUCGCUGCCUGGACCGGGUGCAUAACUGGCCAACUAUAUGGCCUCGCCUUCAACGACAGACUCCCCCUCUGGAUCUGUCGAAGGACUGGUGGCAUCUGGAAGCCCGAAUUCCGUCUCCAUGCGCUGUGGUUCCCGACAUUCGUCUGUCUGAACGUCGGCUUGGGCCUGUUUGGCGCCGCCCUGCAAUACCACCUGCAUUACAUGGUCGCCGCCGUGGGUAACUUCCUGCUCAAUUUCUCCUCGAACGUGGCCGUGCCCGUCAUUGUCAACUAUGAGGUCGAGUGCUUCACCAAGUAUCCCGUGGAGGCCGCCACGAUCAUGAACUUCUACAGGACGGUCUUUGGCAUCGCGAUUCCGUUCUUUAUCGAUGGCUGGGAGGCCGAGGUCGGCGUCGGCUGGGUCUUUGGCAUGAUGGCCUUUGUGUCCCUUGCGGCUUUCUGCCUGGUCAUUGUCCUCAUGAUUGCUGGACAUCGUAUCUAUCAGGGACCUACGCAACGCAGUAGGUACAAAGGAAUUGGAGUAGCUGAAUGCCUUGUUCUAUUCACGUAG